AGCAGGAGCAAAUAAAAUGAAAUAAAUAAAAUAAAAAAUAAAUAUGUAAUUAAAGAUCAAAAACAGCAGGGACAAAUAAAAUGAAAUAAGUCAAAUUAAAGUAGAUUUUGUACGGGAUACCAAUAAAAAGACUUUGAUUAAAAAAAAAAAAAAAAAAAAAAGGUGGGCGGGAGUUAGUCAGUGAACAGAGAGAGAACAGGACCAGCAGCUCACUGCAGCUCCAAGCAGCUCCAAGCACUGGACCAGCAGCUCACCACACCAGACCAGCAGCUCACCACACCAGACCAGCAGCUCACCACACCAGACCAGCAGCUCACCACACCAGAGCACUGCACACCGGACCUGGGAUUAUUUUGGGAUGUUUGUUGGCAUUUUCUGGAAAAACAUUUCACCUGUUUUCGUGCACCUCAGAGAGAUCUGACUCUGCAUAACACCUCUUAAACCAAACCAGCUGAUCUACUGGAGACAUUUACGCGUCAAAAGUUUGGUAUCGUUUCACUGCAGAGCACGUGUUCCUGCUGAGGAGGUCCGUCAGGUGAGCUGCUGUCCAGGUGAGCUGCUGUUCAGUUGAGCCUCUGUUCAGGUGAGCUGCUGUUCAGGUGAGCAUCUGUUCAGGUGAGCUGCUGUUCAGGUGAGCAUCUGUUCAGGUGAGCUGCUGUUCAGGUGAGAAUCUGUUCAGGUGAGCAUCUGUUCAGGUGAGCCUCUGUUCAGGUGAGCCUCUGUUCAGGUGAGCUGCUGUUCAGGUGAGCUGCUGUUCAGUUGAGCCUCUGUUCAGGUGAGCUGCUGUUCAGGUGAGAAUCUGUUCAGGUGAGCAUCUGUUCAGGUGAGCCUCUGUUCAGGUGAGCCUCUGUUCAGGUGAGCUGCUGUUCAGGUGAGCAUCUGUUCAGGUGAGCCUCUGUUCAGGUGAGCUGGAUGAGAUGUGACCAUGACGACCUUUACACACCGGCUCGCUCUGCUCCUGCUCAACUUCAUCCACACGGUUAAUGGAAGGUUUCCUCACUGCCAGUUCCACUGGGAGAUGCAGAGAGCCGGGAGAGAGUGUCACACGCUGCUGCUACUGCAGCAACAGACACCUGCUAGUACAGGAUGUCACGGCGAGUGGAACAAUGUCUCGUGUUGGCAGAGCGCGGUGGUCGGCGAGGUGAUGACCCUGCCCUGCCCCUCCCCCAUCCUGCGCCUGUUUGGGAAAAACGGUAACAUCAGCAGGAACUGCACAGAGAGAGGUUGGUCUGACGUCUACCCCGCCAUCACCAUCGCCUGCUGGUCCGACAUCACCGAUGAACCCGGCGAGCUGGUCUUCUACAGGGUGGUGAGGAUCCUGUCCACUCUGGGCCACAGUCUGUCCCUCAUCACUCUGCUCACCAGCACCAUCAUCAUCUGUUUGUUCAGGAGGCUCCACUGCACGAGGAACUACAUCCAUCUGAACUUGUUUUUGUCGUUCAUGCUGCGAGCCGCCGCCGUGCUGAUCAAAGACGAGCUGCUCUUCUCAGACGACCAAAACACUGACUGCAGCACGCAACCCUCACUGGUGGGCUGUAAGGCCAGCCUGGUGUUCUUCAACUACUUUAUCAUGGCCAACUUCUUCUGGCUGCUGGUGGAGGGUCUCUACCUGCACACGCUGCUGCUCGUCAUCCACAUCUACUCCCCCCGCCUCUCCGCCUACAUGCUCAUCGGCUGGGGAAUCCCUUUUGUCUUCAUGGUAGCGUGGAUUAUAUGUCGGAUAAACCUGGAGGACACCAGUUGUUGGGAGAUGAAUGAAAACCCCAUCCCAGAAAGAGUGAUGAACUGGCCCAUCAUGGCGUCUGUCAUUAUCAACUUCAUCCUGUUCAUCAGCAUCAUCCGCAUCCUGGUGCAGAAACUGCGCUGCACUGACGUCGGAGGAAAUGAGCAGUCGCAGUACAGACGUCUGGCUAAGUCCACCCUCCUGCUGAUCCCUCUGUUUGGAAUAAACUACGUGGUGUUCGUCUACCUGAUGGAGCCGGCCGACAAAAACAUGAAGCACAUCAAGAUCUUCUUUGAACUCGGCCUCGGGUCCUUCCAGGGUCUGAUCGUGGCGGUCCUCUAUUGUUUCCUUAACAGCGAGGUCCAGAGCGAGCUGAGGAGGACGUGGAGGAGUUUAUCUCUCAAGCGUUACGUGGGGCGGGACUACCGGCUGCACGCCAUGUCGGUCAGCCGCAACGGCACCGAGUUCCCCAGAAACUCCCGAGCCCAGUCCAUCCUGCAGACUGAGACCACCGUGCUCUGACAGAACUGAUGCUCGUAUUUACCCGGUACAGUCGUAAAGUCUUAAAGGACACUUUUACAGACAUAUCGUUUGCUCCUGCAGGGACUGAACCUGCAGAAGGUGAACGGCUGCUCGUUGGACCGUGUUUGCCUCUGGAAGCGUUUUAUGAAUUCAUGACACACAUGAAACAGAACAGAGACCUGCAUCAACUAACUGAAACAUUAAAGGCAGGGUUGACGAUGUUCUCCAGGCUCCACUAUUUGUUAUAUUGGUUGAAAUGGUCUUUACACCUCGACAGCGAUCCAUCACUGAUGAGCUCUGAAAAAGGACCGGAAAAGAGCAUUCAUCUGUAGCUGCUGUAAUCCUCGCAGUCCGCUUGGAAAGAACCAAUCAGAAGCUUCCCUGCCUCCAUGCUCGUUCUCUACCCUUGGCGUGCAACAGCCUGAACUCAAAGCGUGUCGCCGCCGCACGUUUCCUGGAGA